CUCAGAAUUGGAAGGGCAAAUGGAGUGUAUGCACUGAGAGAGAAAGAGGUAAGGAAGAAGAUAAGUAACAGGUUCUCCUCUAUAAUACAAGUUUCGCAGUUUUCUCUGCUAUUGGACAGCACGGCCAUGGCGUCAAAGCUGCUGAUGGGAGCAAUUCGAUAUCCUAAUCGAUUCUUCAAUGCCACCGGAAAAUUCUUCUCUUACCGACCAAUGUCAACUACUCCUCCUUCAUCACCGCUUGGUAAUGGCAAGACUGUCGACGAGAAAUCACAACAUAAGUUAUCUUUGAAUGAUGACACGCUUGCUAAAUUCUCCGCCAUUGCAGACACUUGUUGGGAUCCUGAAGGACCAUAUAAACCAGUGCAUGCGAUGAAUCCAAAUAGACUUGCUUUUAUCCGCUCCACACUUUGUCAACAUUUCAGGAAGGAUCCACAGAUGGCUAGGCCUUUUGAAGGACUAAGCAUUGUUGAUGUUGGCUGUGGUGGAGGACGUCUUUCUGAGCUCGAAUGGGAGCAACUGUAACAGGCAUCGAUGCUUUGGAGAAAAAUAUCAAGAUGGCCCGCCUUCAUGCUGUAUGCUCAUUUCACAUCCUAAACUUCUCAAUGCAAAUGUGUUAUCAGCUAAACUUGCAUCAUCUCUGUUUCUAAAAGGAUACUGUAAUAUUUUUUCUAACAACUUAUCUGUUGUCCACAUAGUUCUUCACUGAUUAUUAUUCAUGGCUAGGACAUAGAUUUGGAUGCUCAUUGCUUAUUGGAUAC